UCUGGAGAUGCUGUUUGGGGGAAAAGUGGUUUUAUUAGCAGAAGCUUAUGACUGGAAACGUAUCACACCCGCAGGUAGUGACAGCUGUUGCUGUUGCCAUCCAGUCCUGCUGAAGGAGUGAACUGCAGUGACUCGCGUAUUUCGGGGCGUGCUCAUCUGUAGCAGCGUGCAGUGAGAGGGGGUUUGUGUGUUUCUAAAGGGAACGCAAAGAUGAGGUCUUGAAGCCCCUCUACACGCAUCGCCAUGCUGAGUGAUCCAUUGAGAGAGUUUCGCAGCGUUAGUCAUCUUUACAACUAUCCGCAGUGUGCGUAGCGCUCGCUUCUGUUGCGCCUUCUGUACCUGAGAUCCACAACGUGCAUGGUCGCCCGCCGGUGGGGUCCGUGGCGGAGGGCCGGUGGUCGCCCGGGUUGUUAGGCUGAUUGCGCAAGAAGUGGCGGGCCGACGCCAGUGACCGGGCAGGUGAUGUUUGCUCACGUCAGCCGCUUGCGUUUGAUGAGGGGCGCAGGGGACGCGGCUGGAGGGUGCGUGUUACUGUUGCAACGCCUCGCCGGAUAACUGCUGCUAUCUCAUCCUGUCCGUCUGUCCCUCCUCAUUUCUUUUUUUUUUUUUUUUUUUUUUUGGUUUUAUUUGUGGUUUUUGGUUUUGCUCACGGACCAGCAGAACUCUUUAAGAUCGAAAAUACGGAAUACGGGAUUUUAGGUGCGUGUGCGUGGAGUGCGCAUCAUUUCUUGUGAUUCCCCCUGUACGCGCAAGAGAGGCAAUGCGCCCACCCAUGCGAUGCUAGCCUAUUAGCUGAAGAGAAAGGGAGAGCGAGAGAGGUUUCAGUCCUGGAUCUUAGAGGAGGCUAAUUUACGAGUCUUGUUUUGCCUUUCAAGAAAAAGGGAGAUAAGAAGGGGAGGGUGGUCGGUGAAGGAGAAUGCAGCAAUCACAUUCUUAAGCAUGCAGAAACGGGCCGUUUCCGGUUCCUAGGCUGCCGUAUGGGGAAAGCAGAGGCAAACACAGAUGGCAUGGACACUUCCACGACGUCUGCCACUCUGCUCUGCCUGCUCUGCCGGAGCCCGUUUGCCGCCGUCUCUCUCCUCCAGCUCGCCCCGCCGCCCAGCAGCACUGCAGCACAGCACAGGCUGACGGCAUGAGGCUUGAUCCAGUGCAUUUCUCCAUGCUGGUCAUCGGGGUAUCCUUCGCCUGUUACGCCCCGAGUCUCAACUCCCUCCAGGACCAGGCGUACAGAUCGGCCGUGGUCAUCGAGGGCGAGGUGCGCUCCUCCCCGGAGAACAUCUCCUCCAACGAGCCCUACAGCGUGAAUGUCAGAGUGCUGGAUGUGUGGCCCGUCAACAGCGGCGGCCUUGAGAGGGAGCAGCUCGUGACCGUCGGGGACUUCGGCUCCGAAGCCCCCUGCACCACGGUGGAGAAGGACCACAGGUACAUCUUUUUCAUGGACCCGACUACCGAGCCCUUGGUAUUCAAGGCGUCCUACGCCCCCGUGGAUGCCACCGAGCCGGAACUGAAGAAGGAUGUGGAGAGAGUGCUGUGCGAGGACUGCGCAUCUGCUCCUAAGCUAAGACCGAUGCGAGGACAGUCUCUGAUGGAAGGGGACAAGAUGUACUUGAAGUGUGAGGCGUCGGGAAACCCCAGCCCUUCCUUCCGCUGGUACAAAGAUGGACACGAGCUUCAGAAAGGCAGAGACCUCAAAAUAAAAACCAACAAAAAAAAUUCAAAGGUGCUGAUCAGUCGUGUUCGCGUAGAAGACUCCGGCAACUACACUUGCCUGGUUGAAAACUCGUUAGGACAAGAAAACGCCACGAGUAUAAUCACCGUACAGAUAUUGACCACCACAACCCCAUCUCCAGGUGUGAGUCAUGCGAGGCGCUGCAAUGAUUCAGAAAAGGCCUACUGCGCUAACGGAGGAGACUGUUACUUUAUACAUGGUAUUAACCAGCUGUCCUGCAAGUGUCCCAAUGACUAUACGGGGGACCGCUGUCAAAACUCCGUCAUGGCAGGUUUCUACAAGCUUCUCAAAAUUGAAUUUAUGGAGGCAGAGGAGCUCUACCAGCGGCGGGUGCUGACGAUCACAGGCAUCUGUGUGGCCUUGUUAGUGGUUGGCAUCGUUUGUGUGGUGGCCUACUGCAAAACCAAGAAGCAGAGGAAGCAGAUGCAGAGUCACCUACAUCAAAACCAGAAUCAGUGUGUGGAGCAGCCAAACCGCAUGUUGGCUAAUGGGCCAAACCACCCUGGGCCCGGUCCUGAGGAGAUCCCCAUGGUUGAUUACAUUUCAAAGAGCGUCCCUACAACAGAGUGUGUGAUCAGCCAUGGAGCUGAGGGUGCAGGCAACUAUGCAGGCAGUCGAAUGUCAACCCGCUCCCACCACUCCACCACUGCCUCACAUGCUUCCAGACACGAGGAGCAGACGUGGAGUAUGGAGCGAACAGAGAGUGUAAACUCAGACUGCCAGUCAGGGGGGCUCUCCAGCUCUGUGGGAACCAGUAAGUGCAGCAGCCCGGCGUGCAUGGCAAGGAGGGCCGCCAACUAUGGCUACACGGACGUGUCAGGAAUGGGGAUGCAGUAUGGGGACUCUUACGACUCUCUAAGAGACUCACCUCACAGCGACAGAUACGUGUCAGCCCUGACCACGCCGGCACGGCUGUCUCCUGUGGAGUUUCACUACCCCCCUCUGCCACCCCAGGUGCCCAUCUUCCAGAUCACCUCACCCAACACAAGCCACGCCCUCUCCCUCCCCCCUGCUGCUGCAGCUUACCGCAGAGAUGAUGACCAACCGCUGCUAAGAUGCCCUGAAGAUGGAAGUUUAUACAGGCAGCCUCGACGACCUCGGCGACCCUACCUGACAGAGAGCACAGGAAGUCUACCGUCCAGUCCCUACCACCUCCCUGAUGAUGAAGCUUAUGAGACAACGCAAGAGUACGCCUCCUCACGAGAACCAAUUCGAAGUCGGCGCCGUCCCCGACGCAACCGCCUCAAUGGACACACAUCCCAGCGUUCGGCGGGCUUACGGGACUACAGCUCGCAGAGCUUCAGUCAAUCAGAGGAGGAGGAAGAGGAUGAGGACGAGGACGCUCACGGGGAGAGCACACCUUUCCUUAGUAUGCAGAACAUGAACAUGGACCUGCCACUAUCAGGCUCGGGUUACCGCUCUUCGUCCGGCGCAGACACACGAACUCACCGCGGACUGAACCGGCCAGGCACACGCAGCAAUGGGCAGAGCCGUGGUCCCCAGUCACAGCGCUCCAAGGCCAACAACAUGCCUCUUUAAGACUGGACCUCCUGACGCCCACCCUUACAACCCCGUCCCGCCUUACCACGCCCCGCCACCUCACACACUUCCUCUCUUCCUUCACAGAACCAGUGGACUAGAGACCUGCACCUAGGAGAAAUAUUUUUAUUUUGUAUAACAGACAGAUAUUCUAAACAAAUGAAAUAUUUAUUUUCAUUUCAGCAAAAAUUGUCUACUAGCUAACAGCAAAGACUUUUUUUAUAACGGGGGGAUAUUUAUAUGUAAAGUUUUUUGAUUUACAGCAUUAUGAGAGAUGAAAAAAGGAGAAUUACGUGCCAAUUUUUUCACAGGUUAGAUAACUAGAAUAAUAUUGUGGUGCCUUUUGCUGUAUGCUGAAGUUGGAGGUCCCGUUGAGUUUUUGUAGCUUUUCUUAUAAAGACUCCUCAUUUUUAUAGAGACCAACCCUCUUCCUUCCUAUUCCUUUGGUUUGGUUUGUUGAUUUUUAAAUUUUUGCUCUGAUUUGGGAUCUUCCUCUUUUUGAACUGUGAUCUGAACAUGCCAUCAUGCAAUAUUGAUUCCUUCUGUGUAAAAGGUGUCUGUUUACAUGAGUUCGACCCACGCGAUGGUACAGCCGGAUGUGUAGGUUAGAUUCCUCUGAUGAACACACAUCUGUCAUUAACAUCCUUGUCUGCUGCCUGUCAGUCAUUUUCUUGUAGUUUCUGUUGAAAGAAAGGCGUUCAGGUGUUGUAGAGGGACGUGACCUCAGAUCUUUGUGUAGGUGUUCACGGUGCUGUCAUUACAUCAUUAUGUGUGUGUGUGUCUGUGUGUGUGUGCGUGUGUGUGUGAGGGAGAGAGAGAGAGAGACUCAUGAAGCCUGGUUUGGUCAGUGCCUGCGUUCACCUCGGCGGUUGUGGUUCCUCAACUGACGUGUCUGCCGGUUGCCACGCUGACAGAAGCUCCACUGCAUUGUAAGCACCUCCCUCCGCGAGCAGCCGCCGGUCAUGGAGCCACCGACCCAAACUGAACUCUACCAGUCCAGUUGUAAUCCAGCCUGACUCUGGCCUCCCGUGGACUGCCUGGCCCCGCCCGUUUCCUAUGCCAGCAGCUUAGAGCCGCACUGUGUCUCAGGACUUUCCCAUAACAUCACAGCCGAAUGACUCGCAGCAGACAGAGCCGGUCAUCUCAGUCUCAGAUCAGUCCACAGUGCCAGAUCCAUAUUCCUCCCAUCGCACUCACUUCUGUUGUUUUAAAAAUAAACAUAUGGCCACAA